AUGUCGUUUGCAACUAGAAAUACUUGCAUAUGCAGCAGCUGUUUUAAAAGACAGCACGAAAUUAUUGUUAACGACCAACGGCAUGCUAAGAGCGGGAAGAGGUGUGUCAUUAAGCCAUGGACACCUUCCUCAGCCAAAGAAAUUGAGAAAAAUGUUUGGAAAUUGUAUCAAGAAAAGUUGAAACUUCAAGUUACCCGUGGAUGCCAGCGAUUAGGUAAACAAUCAAUCGACUACAUUGAGGUUGUCCGCAAAAUUUGUCCUUCAGAGAUAUUUGUGGAAAAACCAACCAGUGCUAACAGCCGGUCUUUGAUUCUGGAUGUGAACUGCCAGAACUUUUGGGAUUUUGUCUAUGGGCAGUCAUGGAAAGGAAGAGUAAGAGUUUGCGAAGGAGAGCUGAUGUAUAAACUGAGAGAGACACUGAAAAUGCUUGUUAGUCAGGAAAAAAUUACAUAUUUUACUGUAACAAGGAUGUUUACAAACCACGAAUACAUCGUCCCCAAGGUAAAGGUAUCUAGUAUUUGUCUUUGAUAAAUUACCUUAACAUGAUACCUUAAUUGGUGCUGUUGUAUCAACGUCAUUUGUUUAGGGUGACUGAAACCAUGUCAGCUGCACAUAAGGACCUAAAUUUGACGAUAAUUUAUUCCCCUGCAUAUGAUUUUCGAAAAGACAUCAGGCAAUUCCAUGGUGUCCAGGUAGGCACAUCUUGAUGCGAGUGAGCAAGAAGUUUAUCACCCACUUUUAACUAAUAUCACUCUGAUUGCCCAUAGAAAACUGCAUUGCAGUGAUGUUAAUAUCCCUGAUAUAAUUACACUACGUGAAGCUUUUUCUGUCACGGUGUCUUAAAUCAUCUUAUACCUGAAUCUGUUUUCCUACUAAUUUAGUUGUUUCUUUAUGCGUUAUACGUAUAUCAAAUUAGUCCCCAGGGCUUGUAGUACGAGUGGAACAAACUUAUUAUGGAGGCGUACCAAAGAAGACAAAGAAAACAGUUAGAUGGAACUUGGUUCCAGAUAGCACGUUUACACCGCGCCUGAAAUGUGUAUCACCCAUUCUUAAAAAUGCAUGGGACAAGACUGCAACUCCUUUCCUUAAAAGUAAAGCCUCAGAUGUCAAACGUUCCGAUAUGGAAAAUGAGCCCACGUUGCGCCGAUUUUCAACCAACACAAAAGAGCCUGAGAGAAUGUUCAAUUUAAGCGCAACUUUCGCAAAAGGAGACUUUGCGACAAUUUGCCUCCAAGCUACUGAGCAUUUUAUAGUUGUGAGAGAAAUGGUCACUAAUAGUAGAACCAUGAAUUCGUCAACGUCGUUCACGUUCAGAAGAAAGGAGAAUUUAUGUGGCACAAGCAAGAUUGCUAAGACAAUGAAUGAUUUCUACACUUCUGAAACCCUUGCUGAAAAUUUCGCUAAAACACCGGAGUUUAAACCAAGUACUCCUCUGCUGGAGAUGAAAAUUUAA